AUUGUCAAACAAACAGUUUUUUUUCAAACACGUUUUUUUUCAUCAUCGUAAUGUAAUUUAAUUGAUCGCGUAGAAAUUAAGGAUUAAGAAAAAAAGAAAAUAAGGACGAAAAAUUGAUUAUUUUUAAAAAACUAAGUAAAAAUAAGUGUUAUUAAAGAAAAAAUAUACGAAAAACAUCGAUACGAAGUCAAAAAGUGAAGAGAUUUACAAAAUUAAGUUUAUAAAUCGAAACAAGUCUUCAAGAAAUUUUUAAGAAAUCUUGAAACAUCUCAGGAAAUCUAUUAAAUUUGUUAAACGAAACUAAAACUAGAAAAAAGUUACAAAUAAAGGAUUCGUUCGGAAAUGUGACCGAAAUACGAGAAUGUUUCCGAUAAUUGAUCAAAACCGACACGACAAUCAAACCGUCCACGUUCAUAUGCACCAAGUUUGUAGCUGUAUGUACCCUUUUUACACCACCUUUCGCCCUCCGAUUCUGACCCCGUUUCAUCUUCAACCAUUACCCCGGCCUUACAAUAUGCAUCAUUACCAAUUUACCCAAUUUAACAUGAGCCCAAUGAACGUUCCCUUCUCUAACAACAGUACCAUGCAAAAUGGGGGCAUCCCCGUGGCAAUUUCGCCGAAUUUAACCGGAACCGGUCAAAACCAACAACCCGGUUUCGAUUUUGGUCCUCCGCCGAGAGAUCGAAGAAGUUUCGAUGGCUCAGAAAACCCAAAUAUGCCUCAAAACGGCGGUGGAAUUCGAACGAAUUCCGAUGAAAUUAAAGAAAGCGAUAGUGGGUUGGUUGAAGAAUACUUUUUGGGGCCAGAUCAAAGCGUUGUUCAUGUCGUUGGUGGUGGGGCGUUGUUUUCAAACGAGAAUUUUACGAAGUUUUUGGAACAAGGUUGCGUUAUGGCAGAAAAAAUUGCGAUUAGAAAUCAACAUAGACCGUGCUUUAAAAACAUCCAGAAUUUGUGCAAUCGGACGAGGAGCGAAAUUUUAAAACCGAGCAAUACGGUUUCUAACAUUCAUUCGCAAGGAAUCCCUUGGGCCACGAAAGAUUUUAUUUACGCCUACGUCCGGUUAAUUAAUUGUUGGCACAUGUUAAAGGGUUAUUUAGAGACGAAAGAUGGCACUUUGGGCAACAUCGACCGCGAAUUAACAUCAGAUUUUAAGAAUUGCUAUUUAGUUUGGGAGAAAAACACCAAACUUUUAGCCGGGCACAUGAUCCGCAUCUUUACAAACCUCGAUAACAACGUUAGCAACCCAAAUUUAGUCCAAAUUAAUAAAAAAGAAAAAAAUUGCAGAGAAAAAAUAACCGAAGCAAUCGGAAACACUCCAAAUCAAGCGAUUAACAUUCAAACUCAACCCAUGAUGACUCAAAACACCCCACAAAUUAACACGAUUAAAUUAGAAGAUUUCCAACAAAAAAAUGUUAUUAAUUCGAAUAAAAAUUCAAUUUCUGAUUUAAUCGAGAACAUUUUGUUAUCCGAAAGCACGAAUUCGCCUCAAGACGAUGACUCGGAGAAUGAAAGUCGGGUUUAUAUGAAACCCGGGAGUUAUAACGUUCCAAAAAAAGGUUUAAAAAAGGCGAAUUUAAAUUUGAACGAAAACGUAAUAAACGAUAAUUUAGCAGAAAAUAAGAUAAACAUUAAAAACAACGUUGAUUCUUCGAAUUCGAGUCCUUCGAUUGAAUUUUUCGAGACGGCCCAAAACGUUUCGGCGCAUUACAAAAAGAUGGGGAAUAAAAAGAAAUGUCAAACGAACGAUAAAAUGUGGAGAGAUGCUCAAAGCGCCGUCCCAUUCUUAUUGGAUAAAAUUAAUAAACCGAAAGAGUUUGAAGCGAGUUUAAAUUUAAAAUUGCAAGAGGCUCGGAAUCAAAAAAUUGAUCAAAAUCAAAUUGAAAAUAACAAUGAAGAUGCCUCGUUGAAGUACUUUAUUGAUUUAAACACUUUGGAACAUCACUCGGCGAAUAUUCAAGAAUGGUUGGAUAAUAAUAAUUUUUUUUUUGAUGAUGAUGAUAAUGUUGAAAAGGAUGAAGAAAAUAACUCGUCGAUUAAUGUUAAUAAAUUUGAAUUUCCUCAUCAGGUAAAAGUGUUACAAAGAAAAACCGGGGGUGGUUUGUUGAAAAAAAAUGUGGAAAUCUCGGAAAGAAAGAAACAUCUAGAUGAAGAUAUGCGAAUGAUUUUGGAGGAUGUGGCGAGAAACUUGGAAAAGGAAGGUUUGAAUAAACUGAUUGGAUUUUUCGGAAGCAAUGAGAAUAAAGAUUUACCGAUGGAGAAUAACGAGGAGGAAAAUUCGGGUCUUCCGAUAUCGUGGGUUUCGAUAAAGAGGCGAUUAAGCUCGGAUAAGUAUGGAAGCGUUUUCGAGUUUGUCAGGGAUUUUAAGAAUUUGUUGGGAUGCGCUCAACUUUAUUAUGAGGCUCAUCCUGAUGUUUUACGACAAUUGGGUUAUUUUCAAGAACGAUUGGAAGUGUUAAUUAAUCAAGAAUUUACGAUUUAUGAACGAAAAAGAAUCAAAUCGGACGAAAUUAAUUAAAUUUUAUUUAAAAAAAGUUUAAAUAAAUUAAUUUAA